AUCGGACCAGCCGUUCUCGAUUGAUGAGGUAACGACAUUUUCCACGCUCCAUUUUUAUAUACCUACCCAUAUAGAUUGUUGAAUUCUGCAUGGACAGAUCAGAAGUACAAAUAUGUUCCAAAAAUAUAUUGGAUUACAUAUUCAGAUGAUUUAGAUUCUGAUAAUUUUGAAUCUGAACUGAUUCAGUUGAAAAAGAGUUGAAACGGUCAUUUCUCGGAAAUAAGUUUGUUCAAGAUCCCCAUUAUUAUUUGAAAUAUAUUCGAAGAAUGAAUAUGUGCCAUACUUUUCCCAACUUGGACAUUAUAUAAUUUAUAUUACAAAUAUAUUUAUCAAUGCCGUGCACGCACUGUAGUAGUGAACGUUCAUUCUCUGUACAUAAACGUGUACAAAUCGAAUGCGCUCUGCUUAACACCAGAAAAUGGCACUCUUUAUUAUCGUUACUGGCAAUCACCAGAGACGCCCAUUAAGCAGAGUUUGGAGCUCCGGUGGAAAUUAACUCUUAUUCCGUAUUCGACAGUUUAACUUGAUACUCAAUCUGCACGGGUUAAACGGCGCAACUCAGACUGGCACAGGUCGCCUGAACUGCUAAACACCAACUGGUUACCCUCACGGCCUCACCAGGCAACGAUAUAUGUAGCACAGGAGAUAAAAGCAGUACAGCUGUUUACACAUGUUUGGCACGAAGUUCCAAGGUACAAAAUAUUAAAAUAACUACAACUUACUUUUGUAUAAUGCAUUAAUGUGUUAACUACGAAUUUCAACGUUUUUGAUUUCAUUUAAUUUUGUAAAUUAUACACAAAAUGAUGAAUGAGUCACCGGAAACCGUAGAUAUAAAACCUAAUCACGAUACCGACACUGUUGCUGUGAAAGAAAAUGGAAAACGGCCAUUGGAUCAAUCGGAGGAUGCUUCUGAAAGCCAACCUAAAAUCUGUAAACUAGACAAUGAAAGCGAUGCCAACCAGUCUAACACCCUAUCAAAAAGGAAGCGAAAAAGGAAGCUAACAAAGAAGCAAAGGCGACAGAUGUGGUUGGAGGUAAUGGCAAAACGAAGGGAAACAUCUAAAGAAAGGAAAGCCCAAAUGAGAGAUUCCGGAGUAGAAAUACCAAUAGUAAAGACGAAAAAAAUGGCCAAUAGUACAUGUAAACAACGCAUUGUGUUAGAUAUGUCGUACAAUGACUUGAUGUCUGCUAAGGAUUUAUGCAAGUGUUCAAAUCAACUAUUGAAGUGUUAUUGUGUGAAUCGUAGAAUGGAUAAUCCUAUGCAAUUAUAUGUUUGCAGCUAUAAAGGAAAAACAAAAGAAAUUAUGGCUAAAUAUAAGGGCUCUGAGUUUUGGGAUAUAAAAUAUUUAGAGAAUUCAUUUGAUAAAGAAUUCCAGAAAGAAGAAAUUGUUUAUUUGACCAGUGACAGUUUGAAUGUCUUAGAAAGUAUAGAUGAAAACAAAGUGUACAUAAUUGGUGGUCUGGUUAAUCGCAAACCUUGCAAAGGUGUAAGUCUGAAAGUAGCAAACGAUCUAGGUAUAGCUCAUGCUCGAUUGCCAAUCGAUGAACAUAUCACCAUGAAAACUAGAAAAAUGCAAACUAGAACAAUUUUAUCUAUAAAUCAUGUUUUUGAAAUAAUUUCAAAAGUGGUGUGUGGAAUGUCUUGGAAAGAAGCAUUAAUUGGUACAUUUCCACAAAAAAAAAUGUUCUCAGUCAUAGACGAAGAAGGCCUUUUGGAAUAUGAAAAUUGUUCUCUAGAAUAUAAACCAAAAGAAGAAAUUGAAUGUCCAGAAAGCAGAAAAAAUGAAAAUAUUUCAGUUGAAAACUAAAUAAAUAUAUUAUUUUAAAUAAAGUUAUGGAGUAAUCAUUAAAAAAAACAACAACAUGGAAAUCACUGUAAUGGAUGAAUUGAAAUUUAUUUUAAUGAUAAAUCAUUGUGUAUGAAUAAUGAUUCUGGGAGAAAACUACUGAGAGAAAGAUAUUUUAUAAUUAA